CAAAUCAUAUAUAUACAUAUUUUCUUGAUGCCUGCAAUCCAACAGUUACACUUAAUUUUCUCUAUUUUAAUUAACACAUUUGAUUGUGAUAUUCUUAGUUGGUGAAUUAUUUGGUCAUGUACGAAAGAGGCAGCCUUGGGCUGAUCCGAAGAUUGUCAAGCAACUCGUAGAUGCAAACUUAUAUGCAUUACUUGGGGAAAGAACUGCAGCAGAUGAUGAAAAGCCUAUUAAAAAGAAGAAGGAGAAGCCUGUUAAGGUUGAGGAAUGCACUACUGCUGUAGAUACUCCGCCAAAACCAUCUGAAGAAGAACUCAACCCCUAUUUAAUAUUCCCUUCACCAGAGGAAAACUAUAAGGUACAUACUGAAAUAUUUUUCAGUGACCGCCCUGUGCUGAGACCUUGCAAUACGAGGGAAAUGCUCGAAAAACAUCUGAAGGCAACAGGGGGGAAAGUAUUUACACGCUUUCCGCCAGAACCAAAUGGGUAUCUACAUAUUGGUCAUGCCAAGGCUAUGUUUAUUAAUUUUGGUUUGGCAAAAGAAAGAGGUGGAUGUUGCUAUCUAAGGUAUGAUGAUACAAACCCCGAAGCUGAAAAGAAAGAAUAUAUUGAUCAUAUAGAAGAGAUUGUGCGGUGGAUGGGCUGGGAACCUUUCAAGAUCACUUAUGCCAGUGAUUAUUUCCAAGACCUUUAUGAAUUGGCGGUGGAGCUAAUACGAAGGGGUCAUGCUUAUGUUGAUCAUCAGACACCUGAAGAAAUAAAGGAGUACAGGGAAAAAAGGAUGAACAGUCCUUGGAGGGAUAGACCAAUUGAAGAAUCACUAAAACUCUUUGAUGAUAUGAAACGGGGCAUAAUUGAAGAAGGCAAAGCAACACUGAGAAUGAAGCAGGACAUGCAAAGUGAUAAUUAUAAUAUGCACGAUCUCAUUGCAUAUCGUAUCAAGUUCACUCCUCAUCCGCAUGCAGGGGAUGCGGGGUGUAUCUAUCCAAGUUAUGAUUAUGAACAUUGCACUGUGGAUUCUAUUGAGAAUGUUACACAUUCGCUUUGUACACUUGAAUUUGAGACAAGGCGUGCUUCAUAUUAUUGGUUAUUGGAUGCAUUGAGCCUUUUCCAGCCUUAUGUAUGGGAAUACUCACGAUUGAAUGUAACUAACACAGUGAUGUCAAAACGUAAGUUGAACCGUCUUGUGAAGGAAAAGCGGGUUGAUGGUUGGGAUGAUCCCCGUUUGAUGACAUUAUCCGGUUUGCGACGUAGAGGUGUUACUUCAACUUCAAUUAAUGCUUUUGUUCGAGGAAUUGGAAUUACUAGAAGUGAUUCUAGUAUGAUAAAUGUUGACCGCCUUGAGUACCACAUAAGAGAGGAACUAAACAAAACAGCACCUCGUACCAUGGUGGUUCUACAUCCACUCAAGGUGGUUAUUACCAACUUAGAAGUUGGCUCAGUAAUGGAUCUCAAUGCAAAGAAAUGGCCUGACGCUCCACUAGAUGAUGCAUCUUCUUAUUAUAAGGUCCCUUUUUCCAAUGUUGUAUACAUUGAGAACUCUGAUUUUCGGAUGAAAGAUUCCAAAGAUUACUAUGGGCUUGCCCCUGGCAAGUCAGUCCUAUUGAGAUAUGCAUUUCCUAUAAAGUGCACAGAUGUAAUUCUUGGUGAUGAUAAAGAGACUGUUCUUGAAAUCCGGGCUGAGUAUGAUCCUUCCAAAAAGACAAAGCCAAAGGGGGUUCUUCAUUGGGUUUCGGAACAUUCUCCUGGGGUUGAUCCGCUGAAGGUGGAAGUCAGAUUGUUUGAUAAAUUGUUCCUUUCUGAGAAUCCUGCAGAACUUGACGAUUGGCUUGGUGAUUUGAACCCCGAGUCCAAAAUGGUGAUACCAGGCGCAUAUGCUGUACCUUCCCUUAAAAAUGCUGCAGUUGGAGACAGAUUUCAGUUUGAAAGGCUUGGCUAUUUUGUGGUUGACAAGGAUUCUUCUUCAGAAAAGCUUGUCUUCAAUCGGACCAUCACACUGCGAGAUAGCUAUGGUAAGGUUGGGAAGUAGGUGAGUUGCAUACAAAUGAUUAUCAAGCAGGCAGCCAGAUUAAAGAAUUUAUGUUUUUGAAUAUUUUGUGUGUAAACUAUUCAUUUUACUAGCCAAAAAAAUAGGUCUAGCAAAAUAGAGCUAACUUCAAAAUUUGUACCUCAUAUUUGCAAAAGUAUUUGCAAGACAAAAAUAUAGCAGCUAAAAUUUCAAAUGCUGUUAUUUCUCUCGCUUGCUGAUUUUGAACCCUAGAUGUGCCUUUCCAGGUCAUCUCAAGACCCUCACCCUUUUUAAUUAUUUCAGAAGUUUUGAAAAUUUUGAAAUGGGUGAAAACAAAAGUAAAAUAGGAAAUGAAAAUUUGGGUUGUUUGUUAA